UUUUUUUUUUUGUUGGUUAGGUUUUCGCUAGUGUCGGUGAAUAUAAAGAAUUGUUAAUAAGGUUAACGAAUUUUAAAAUUCUGUAAAACCGAUUAAACUAUUGUUAAAUCAGGAGCCUAUGUUCACACUUCAUCUGGAAGCACAAUGAGCACGCCAGCGGCAGGAGAGAGCGAUCGCCGGGCUCUGAGCAACAUUUCAGUCAAGCUGACGGAGGAGACGCUGCUUGAGGUGCUGCGGAUGUUCGCCAAGCGUGAAGACGUGUGCGUGUCCGGCUACAAGGUCCGCCCCGCCAUGAUGUCCGAGGGAGACAGCUAUCAGUCCAGUGUGUCGCGCAUCGUGCUGGAAGGCUCUUCCACCUCUGGCGAUGUCAAUUACUCCGUUUCGCUGAUCGUGAAAGGCUUGACGCCAAACAUCUGUCGGAGGAAGACGUUUAGGACCGUCGAGUUCUUUGCCAAUGAAAUUGCUUUCUAUGAGAAGGCUUGGCCAAAACUCCUAGCAUUCCAAGAGAAGUUGAAGCCAGAACAUCCGUUUACUGAAAUUCCGAGGUGCUACAAAACGCUGGCGGAUGGGGAGAAUGACUUCAUCAUCCUGGAAGACUUGGCCCCAGAUGGCUACCAAAUCCCACCCCGCUCGGAAGGUCUCGACUAUGCUCACUGCUUCAAGAUCCUAGCGACCCUGGCUCGUUUCCAUGCCCUGUCACUGGCUCUCCGUGAUCAGGACCCUGGAGCGUUCCUCGAAGUGGCAGACAGCGUGCAGGAGAUCUUCUACAAGGCAGAGCUGAAGCCCUGGUACGGAAACCUGAUGCGAGACUUGAUCGACGUGGCACUGGACGCCAUGGCCAAGGAGAUGCCGGGCUCCAUUUACGAGGAGAAGCUGUGUCAGUUCACAGCAGGGGACCUGUACUGCCACCUGGCGGAGCUGGUGGCAGACAGCCGGGAGCCACACGGUGUCCUCAGCCACGGGGACGUGUGGACGGCCAACCUCAUGUGCCGGUACGAGGCAGGAGGCACGAUUCCACUGGAUACCAAGCUGGUGGACUUCCAGCUGGCACGCUGUAGCUCCCCGGCGCUGGAUCUCUCCAUGUUCUUCUACUCGUGCACGCUGCAAGACUUGCGGGAGAAGCACUACGAUGCGCUGGUGCGGGGCUACCAUGACACCCUGGCCCGGUCGCUCACUGAGCUGGGCUCCAGGCCUGAUGUGUACCCGCUGGCCGUGCUGCUCCGAGAGCUAACCCUGUACGCCCAGUACGGCCUGGGCAUCGCUCUGGAGGCCGUGCCUGUUUCCCUGUUCGAUGAGCACGACGCCGUGUGCACGGAGCUGCAGGGCGAUCAGGCAGUGCCCUUGGAGACAGUGUUGGUGGUGCGUCCCAUCAGGCACCGCGAAGGCAGAAUGCGCUUAUGCAACAACGUAAAGCACAUGGUUGAUUGCGGGUACCUCUGAUUGCUGGUCAUAUAUGGAAUUAUUGGUAAUGGGUUGAUUUAUGUAAGUCCCACUAAGUAUCAAAACUUGUCUUAUGUGAUGCAGACCUUUUUUAAACAAUCUUAUCACACAUUUACAAAUAAAUGAAUUGUAUUUGGUU